AUGGUUCUUACUGGCGAAGUAGUAACACAAAGAGAUUUCAAGAAUGUCCAAAAUCAGGUGAUAUCGUUACAGGGUAUUGUCCAACAUCUCGUUUCCGAGUUUGGAGAUUUCCGUCAUCAACAUACAGAAUUGCUCUCCGAGUUCGGAGAUCUUCGUCAUCAACAUACAGAAUUGCUCUCCGAGUUCGGAGAUCUUCGUCAUCAACAUACAGAAUUGCUCUCCGAGUUUAGAGAUCUUCGUCAUCAACAUACAGAACUGGUCUCCGAGUUUGGAGAUCUUCGUCAUCAACAUACAGAACUGGUCUCCGAGUUUGGAGAUCUUCGUCAUCAACAUACAGAACUGGUCUCCGAGUUUGGAGAUCUCCGUCAUCAACAAACAGAACUGGUCUCCGAGUUUGGAGAUCUCCGUCAUCAACAAACAGAACUGGUCUCCGAGUUUGGAGAUCUUCGUCAUCAACAUACAGAACUGGAGUAUAGACGACCUACUCACGGUCAGAAAGGCGACAAGGGUGACAUUGGUCAGAGAGGACCUAAAGGGGACAAAGGGAUACCGGGAUUUAACGGCGACGAUGGACUGGAUGGCAAUCAAGGUGACACAUGCGUAGGUGGACCAAAGGGAGAAACCGGACUUCCGGGACCAAAGGGUGAAAACGGAUUAAUGGGACCCCCGGGACUUCCAGGAAUUAAAGGAGACGACGGAAGUGACGGAGCACGAGGCGCUAAGGGAGAACCAGGGACUAUUGGCGGACCAGGUAAACAGACAGGAUUCUCGGCGCAGAUCACCCACCAACUACAAUUGGUAGGUGGAAUUCCAUUCACUCUACCGUUUGAUAAAGUUGGAAUCAAUCAUGGGAAUGAUUACAACCCAACAACGGGUGUGUUUAUAUGUAGUGUUCCCGGCACGUACGCCGUCACGUGGGUCCUUGAAGUCUCGUUGCACAUCCAGUCCCAUUUGAUGAAAAAUGGACGCGAUAUUGGACGUUUAACAGUAUCUGGUUCUGUGGGGUUUUCUAGCACGGGUUCUCAAAUGGUCCUGGUCACUCUGGAGGACGGUGAUAAACUGUAUAUCAGCGUUAAUCCCUUUAUUUCGGGCUUCAUUCAAACAGGUUCUUCGUUUACAGUGUUCCUGCUUCAUUAA